CAUCUUUAAAUUUGAAACCCUAGAAUCGCUUAGGAGGCGCCGAAGAAGCGAAGUGCUCCGAGAGUCUUAGAGCGCAUCUACCCUCAGUGAGAAAAGAUGUCGAUUUCAGAGCAAGCUUGCAGUUACGCUCUUUUGAUCCUCCAAGACGAUGGUAUUCCCAUCACCGCGGAAAAGAUUGCCACCUUGGUGAAAGCAGCAAAUGUGACUGUUGAAUCUUAUUGGCCAAGCUUGUUUGCUAAGCUUGCUGAGAAGAGAAACAUUGAGGAUCUCAUAUUGAAUGCUGCAUCUGGUGGUGGUGGUGGUGCUGCAGUUGCUGUUGCGCCAUCAGCUGGAGGCGGUGCUGCUGCUGCUGCCGCUCCUCCACCUGAGGAGAAGAAGGAAGAAGCAAAGGAAGAGAGUGAUGAUGAUAUGGGGUUCAGCUUGUUCGAUUAGGAGCUCCUUUCAGUAUGAUUUUGUCCUAUGCUGGAGUAGUACUUUUCAAGGGUGGUUACCUUAUGGAUCUAGUAGAACUUGUUUUAAUUUGAUAUAUUUGUAUUCAUGAAGGAUGAAGUAAUUGGAAGUCUGGUUUUUGCUAAUUGUGUGAUUGUGCUUUCGGAUAUAUUGCUAAGUCUUUUCAGACAAUAUUUGGUUC